UUUCUUACUGUUAGUGUUUCCAAGGAGAACAGAAGUCAAGGAUCUCGAAGGUUAGUUAGAUUUUGUCUUCGACGAGUGUUCGACGAAUUGACAUUAAUCCACUUGUACGAAUCCUAUCGCUGCCAAGUGUAGUACAAGUAAUAUAUCAUUCGAAAGAAUCAUAAGGAUCGUUCGAAUUACUCUCUCCGUCCCUCUCUUUCUGUCUUUCUUGAUCGAGAGGAGGUCGCCAUUACGUACACUUUUCUAAUCGGCUAUACGAUUAUUAUCUUACCGAGGGAGGAGAGAGGCUUUAAUUACUGUACGCAUACAAACCUUUACAAAUAUGGUGGCUGAAACGUAUUACAUGCGGAAUCCUUAUCCCGUACCGGAUGUCUCUCGAGAGGGUUGUUGGACGAUCGGUGGACCAGUACUAGGUAAUAAAGUCUUACCUAACUACAAAGAUUGGGAUCUAAGAUUGACUCCUUUCGAACGUCUCUUCGCUCAUCAUACCUUGAAUAGCAUAAGGAAAGAUUGUCGAUUGAUCAGACCGCAGGUACCGAAAGAUUCAUUGGACUUGGCAUUGAACAGUGUUUACGUUCAUAGCAAGGAUACGUUAGUUCCAAAGAUGUAUACAAUCAUGCAACCAGAAACUCUAGGACAAGAGACUUGGCGAGUUCUCAAGAAUGAGAUAAAGGUCAUACCUACGAAGCCAAAAUUACCGGUCGAACAGACGAGAAAGGUAAUCAAAACUGAUAACAUAUUCGAAUCUUCGACGAAGGAAAGGAUUUUGGGUGAAGAAUUAAAAUGUUAUCGCGGCCCGGUUGCUCCGGAUAGGAUACAUCCUAGCAGCGUGAAAUUAGCUAUCGAGGGUCCUCACACGGAUCAAUCGAAUCCCGGCUACAGUCGUAAAAUUGACGGAACUUUUUACAAUAUUUAAAGAUGGAUUUUCGAGAUAUUUGGGCCUAUGUAUAUCUACACACACAUACAUAUACUUAUAUAUAUAUAUAUAUAUAUAUAUAUAUAUAUAUAUAUAUAUCGACAAAUCGUGUUAAGCCCUCUGACCACUUCGUAUUUUCAAGAAUAACCAAUCGGAUUUGCUUCUUUCCACUGAACCCGAGUACACAGAAUGAAAUGUUUGAAGGUCCACAAAUCGAUGCUUUAAAACGCGAUCGAUAAUCUAGAUUAUCUAGGUGUCUUUGCUCUACUGGAAUUAGCCAAACGUAUAGAUAUAAAAUAAAUAUCAUCGUAUAUUAUAAAAUGAAAUUAAACGAAACUGAACGAAACGAAA